ACAAAAUUAAAAUUACUUUACCGACAGACACUUUCAAAUAAGUUCCAGUGAAUUAUUCUAGAUGCCACAGUAAGAAACUUUUCGGAUCGCUUUUCGGAGCAGAGAUAAAUUCACUACAGUUUCAACUUUUCGAGUAAAUUAUAUAUUUUCGAUGGAUGAAUUAUAAUUUUAGUUUGAAACUCUCAGGGACGUAAAAUUUUUAUAAAUAAACACUAUAAUGGAAUUGCUGAAAAAAAUGAAGUUUCUUGAAAGUUUUGGAUUGAACAAUUGAAAAAUUAUAAUCAGUAUUAAAAAUAAAUACUGGGAAUAGAAGUAUGAGCUCGUUAACGCAUUUACAACGAGUAAGAAGACUCUACAAGACAGUUUUGAGGCUACAUCGAGGACUACCAUUGGAAAUACAAUCCCUUGGCAAUAAUUAUGUACGAGAUGAAUUUAAACGUCAUAAAACUUGCAAUUCAGCUGAAGCUAAUGUUUUCCUGAACGAAUGGGCCAAUUAUGCAAUAUCUUUGGCGAAACAACUUGGAUUGCAAGGACCAAAAACGUCGGAGACUUUAGGAAAGAAUUUAAAUAGUGAAGACAUUGAAAAAUUAAGAGACGAACAAGUGUAUCAACUUUAUGAAUUACUAAUGGCAGCAACGGGGAAACCAGAUGAAAAAAGCAAAAAUUCCUGACGUUACAAGACUCAUAUUUAGUUCAAAUAAUUAAUUAUGUAUGAAAAAAAUGAGAGUAGUUAUUUAUUUCUGUUGGUACUUAAUUAAAUACUUUGUUAUUUUAAUAUUUAAAGCAAGUAUUAUUGUCUAAAUAAUAUAAAUUGUUUUCGGAAUAUUCGUGACAACAAAUUAAUUUGACUUGUUUAAAUUAAAUUAAUUUAAUAUAUUUAACAAGUGAUUCUCCAAAUAUUCUCAAUAACGCAUCGCCUCGACAACAAUAAUAUUGUCUCAAUUUUACUGUAAAAAAUACUGUUUAAAAUUUUUUCAAUACUUUAAUAUUCGAAUAAUUCAAUAUUUCA